AUGCCGGACCUCGAGGAUAACCAAGAGCAAGGAAAGAGCCAUAUGAGCUCGCUGCGGGAUCACUUUGACGCAGAACUUACCGAAUCAUGGGGUGACUCGAUCCUAAUCGCCAGUAGCUUCAUUACUGGUCUACUGGACUCGGCGGUAUUCAAUGUGUGGAACUGCUUCGUUUCGAUGCAGACGGCAGGUAAUACACUUUACCUCGGUCUUGGUGUUUCUGGGCAACCCAAAUCAUCACCAUGGCGCUGGGCGAAAUCGGGAAUGUCCAUCCUCUCAUUUGUUAUGGGCGCAUUCAUAUUCAGCCGCUUCAUGAGAUAUCUUGGACCUCUUCGUCGAAGUACUUUGGUCUACUCUUGGUUGAUCCAGGCUGUAUUGAUAUAUGUUUGCGCCGCCCUCGAAGAUACUGGUGUUGUUCCGAACAAUGCAGGAGACGUCUUGCCCGACAACUUCAUCGUCCUUCUGCCAUUGGGCCUGCUAUCGGUGCAAUCCGCCGGCCAAAUGGCCAUGUCAAGAAUUCUUGGUUAUGGAGAAGUCACCAGCGUCGUCCUAACAAGCUCAUACUUUGAUUUUGCUUUUGACGACAAAGUCUUUGAUGGACCAACUCGUAACGUUAAACGCAACCGCCGACUAGGAAGCAUGAUCAUGGUGGUUUUAGGUGCUAUUACCGGCGGCUUUUUGACCCAGGAUGAGGAUAUCUCAAAGGUUUUGUGGUUUGCAGGAUCGCUCAAAGUCGCAAUCGCAAUCUUAUGGAUCUUCUGGAAGUCGAAGGGAUCGGUUAGAUUGGAUUGA